AUGUCUUCUUCUUGCUUAUUUGCUCUUUUCUUGCUCAUUGCAUUUUCUUUCAUUGCUCAAGCUGUUGUUCCUGAUUCAGAAACCUUCAAGUUUGUCAAUAAAGGUGAAUUUGGAGAUUACAUAGUUGAAUACAAUGCCUAUUACCGAGUUAUGCCGGUUUCAAGUAGUCCUUUUCAACUUUGUUUUUAUAACACGACGCUCGGUGCUUAUACAUUAGCUUUACGGAUGGGUACUGUGCAUUCUGAAUCACUUAUGCGAUGGGUUUGGGAGGCCAAUCGUGGAAGCCCUGUUGGGGAAAAUGCCACGUUCUCCUUGGGCACCGAUGGGAACCUAGUUUUGGCCAAUGCCAAUGGUCGUAUUGCAUGGCAAUCCAGGACGGCGAACAAGGGCGUUGUUGGGUUCAAGUUGUUACCAAAUGGUAACAUGGUUCUCUAUGACUCCAAGGGAAACUUUGUAUGGCAAAGUUUUGAUUCUCCUACAGACACUUUGUUGGUGGGUCAAUCUCUUCGGGUAGGAGGCCCAAACAAGCUCGUCAGUCGGGUCUCUGAGAAAGAGAAUGAGGAUGGGCCAUACAGUUUGUUAUUGGAACCCAAACGAUUUGCUAUGUAUUACAAGAAUAACAUUACACCAGCUCCCAUGCUAUAUUUUGACUCUGAAGAUUAUCUCUCGAUUGGACGAAGCACUCUAAAGUCUUUAAAAUUCGAUUGUGACCCAGAGACGGAGGAAGCUUACGCGUAUGUACUAAAACUAGAUUAUCCGAACGGAGGGGCUCGAUAUAUAUCUAGGCCUAAAUACAACAGUACAUUAACAUAUCUUCGAUUGGGGAUCGAUGGUACCCUAAAAGCCUACACGUUCUAUGACAAGGCAGACUACAGUGCAUGGGAGGUGACUUUCACACUCUUCUCUAGAGAGACCGGUGACGAAUGCCAAUUGCCGGAGAGGUGCGGAAAGUUCGGACUAUGCGAGGAGAGCCAAUGCGUUGCAUGUCCAUUGCCAAAUGGGCUAAUGGGAUGGAGCAAGAAUUGUGAGCCUCCAAAGAUAACAGCUUGCAAAGCAAAUGAUAUUAAGUUCUACAAAUUGGAAGGGGUAGACCAUUUCAUAACCAAGUAUACAAGAGGAAAUGGGCCAAUGUCAGAGGGCCAGUGCUCAAAUAAAUGUACCACAGAUUGCAAGUGUGUGGGCUAUUUCUAUCACCAAACUGAGUCUAGGUGUUGGAUUGUCUACGACUUGAAGACACUAACCAAAGUUGCAAAUUCAACACAUUUGGGAUAUAUAAAGGCACCCAUUGUAUGA